ACUAUUAUUACAAUUAUAUCAAUAAAUUAGGGGGUUAUCAUCAGGCCAAUAUUGUUCGUUAUGUUUUCAGUUGAAAAAGAUAUGCAAUAGAAUACGGUUAGUGAUUGUUGAUGUUGUGGUUCGUUUUUAGUUAGCCUAACUAAUAAUAAUAUUAUAAGAGCUAAUUAAUGAAUGAUGAAAACAAAAAUAAUAAGCUAAACAUUAUUGUAACAAUUUAGUCAUAUCUUCUACACUAGUGCUGCGUGUGCACGUUUCACCCCAUGGUUCUUGUUGACUAUUGGAGGCGGAUUGUCGUGCGCGUUAAAUUUGCGCGCCGAGCAUCUGUAGGGUAGAGAGUGGAGAGCGCGAGCUCCAGUCGGUUUAUUAGCGCGUGGUGGGAACGGAUCGUCCACCUCAUCUCGGAGCUGUUUGGCCCGCGCGUGUACGGCGCAUCGGUUGGAGAUUAUUUAGCCUAUUAAAAUAGGUUAUUAUUCAUGCACGCAUUUUUUAGAUCGGCUACAUUAGGGUGUUACACUGAAGGUUAUGGAAUACACGUAUGACGAAGACCUGGAAGAGCUGUGUCCCGUGUGCGGAGAUAAAGUAUCGGGAUACCACUAUGGGCUCCUGACCUGUGAGAGCUGCAAGGGCUUCUUCAAGCGCACCGUGCAGAACAACAAGCGGUACACCUGCGCUGAGAACCAGGAGUGUAAAAUAGACAAGACGCAGCGCAAGAGGUGUCCGUUCUGCCGCUUCCAGAAAUGCCUCAGUGUUGGAAUGAGAUUAGAAGCUGUACGUGCGGACCGUAUGCGCGGGGGCCGUAACAAGUUCGGGCCCAUGUACAAGCGGGACCGGGCCCUCAAGCAGCAGAAGAAAGCUCUGAUCCGCUCCAGCGGCUUCAAGCUGGAGACCUCGGCGCUCCCUUCGAACUCCCCCCUCCAGACUGACUUUACCAGCUUCAGCGGGGCCCUGCACCCCGGGGGCCCCUUGCCGAAGGGCCUGCUGCCCUCGACCCCCGCCCCCAUCACCUCCACGGACUACGACGGCUCCCUCUACGCCCCUCCCUCGCUGGCCAUGACCAUGCAGCCCCACAUGCCGCUGCCCGCCCCCUACCACCAGUACACCGCCUUUCCCGGCCGGCCCAUCAAGGCCGAGUGUCCCGACUACACCAGCUCCCCCGAGUCGCUGGCGGGGUACCCCUUCACCGACCUGUACUCCUCGUCAGGGGCCUCCCCCCAGCUGCCCGGCCUGCCCCCCCUGGUGCUUGAGCUGCUCCGCUGCGACCCAGACGAGACGGUGGUGCAGAGCAAGAUCCUCGCCCACCUCCAGCAGGAGCAGGGGCCCUCUGGGGCCCCCAGGGGCCGCCAGGACAAGGGCCCGAGCACCUUCAGCAUGAUGUGCCGCAUGGCGGACCAGACGCUCUUCUCCAUCGUGGAGUGGGCCAGGAGCUGCAUCUUCUUCAAGGAGCUGAGGGUGGGAGACCAGAUGAAGCUUCUUCAUAACUGCUGGUCGGAGCUGCUGGUGCUCGACCACAUCUACAGACAAGUGCAUCAUGGGAAGGAGGACAGCCUGCUACUGGUCACCGGAGAGGAAGUGGCGCUGUCGUGCAUCGUGUCCCAGGCGGACGGCACCCUGUCGAGCCUGGUUCAGCGUAGCCAGGAGCUGGCGGCCAGGCUGAUGGCCCUGCAGGUGGACCGGAGGGAGGCGGCCUGCCUCAAGUUCCUGCUCCUCUUCAACCCAAACGUGAAGCUGCUGGAGAACCAGGCCUUCGUGGAGGGGGUCCAGGAGCAGGUGAACGGGGCCUUGCUGGAGUACACCCUGUCCGCCUACCCCCAGUUCCAGGAGAAGUUUGGCCAGCUGGUCCUGCGGCUCCCGGAGCUGCGUGCGCUGAGCGCGGGGGCAGAGGACUACCUGUGCUACAUGCACCUCAGCGGGGAGGUGCCCUGUAACAACCUGCUCAUCGAGAUGCUCCACGCCAAGCAGGCCUGCGCAUGAGGGCUCCUCCGGGCGCCUGACCUGACUGUAUGUGUGUGUGUGUGUGUGUUGGGUUGGAGUUGAGGGAGAAGGAAAGAGGGAGCGGGUGAGCGAGAGAGAGUGUGUAUCGUUUCAAUGGAAGCAGGAUCUUAAUUAUUUGUACAGGUGUCACGUUUGUCGUGGCUCGGCCGCUGGACCUCCAGAUCCACAACGCUCUGUCCGCUGCUCGCAAGUUGUGGUUCUAUAAACUCUCACUCUGUGAAGCUUAACUUCUGUCUUAAGAGGCCCCAAUCAAACCUGUAUAUAAAUGGCCUCUUUCGCUGUUGUGUCCAAGCAAGGCGCUUGCCUCGAAACCCCACUGAUGUCUGGAGCUCAGCAGAUGCUAAGAACGCUAACCUCCGUUAGCGCAUAGUGAACACAUGAUACCAGAACAGGUCUUAGUUCUAUGGAGUGAAUGUAUCUGGAUUGGAAAGUGCCUAAUUACAGAUAUCGUCUGUUAAAAUCCUAUUUCUACGAGGGUUACAAUUUUAAAUAAAGAAGGAAGGAAGGAAGAAGGUAGGUCUUACAUUUGAAGCUUGUUGUAGUGAAGAGUCUCCGAUUCACGAUGUCUUCAUGUCUUUUCACGCCAACAAGCUGCGUCUGUGUUCUACCUUCUAGCAUGAGACCACUGAGACAGCAUUUGAUCUUUGUGUUUCCUUACAUUUGAUUGCUUUCUAAAGCCUGGUUCCUCCAAGCAGAUUGUUACAGGCCUACAGGCUCAAACUGAACCGAACCUUUCGUACGUCAACCUUUGGAUACGGUGUAGAAACGUAAGCUUAAGAUCUAAUUGAAGAACCACAUUCAAAUCCUAAUUGUAAAUUCAGAAUAUAUCAAUGACAAGAGAUAUGUGAGAUGGAAUUAUUAUAUUCAGGGCAGAAGAUAGCAGGCCUUAUACCGGAUGUUCAUGGGGAGGGACAAACUAAACUGUGCACCACUCAUAUUUCUGCACUUCUGCCUAUCCGUAACCAAUAAACAAAACAUAAUAUCAAAGAUAUAGUCUAUAAGUUCCAGUUAAAAAUAAUAGUUUUGUUGAAUUUAGUUAAUUUUUUAUAUAUUAAUAUAUCAAAGCCACACAUAGUAAUGAAGGAACAUUUUUGUUCGGUUAUUCAUCCAACUCUUUCAUGGGUGAAGCCAAGAAAACGAGCGCGAGAGAGAGAGAGCAAGAGAGAUUAUAAUAGACAGAGAGGGAGGGAGAGAGAGAGAGCGCAAGACAACUAAAGCGUAGAGUGUUACUGCUGUGUGGGAGACUGAAUGGAAGGAAACCAUCUCUGGCUGGAGCUCUGUGGGAGUGGGGAAGGGGAAGGAGGAGGAGGAGGAGGAGGAGGAGGUGGGGGAGGGGCCUUAGGAAGAGUGGUUGAAGAGGAAAGGAGACACGUCCACAUGUGUACACUGCAAAGAACACAUGAACAACAGCAGUGUUGUUCAUGUAGGCCUAUGUUCCGUUGUUAUGUAUGUGUUGCAAUUGUUUUUUUUGAUAAAAGAAGACACACAGAACCCAUCAUUCGGUCAAUCAAUAAACGAAGGAAGGUGACGUCUUCGUCGUUCUUCUGUUGUUUCCCACCGCAGGUAAAUGGGUAAACCGUAGCGAGAUGGGUUCCUCGCUGACUCUUUCAUUAUGUGCUGGUCAUUGUGUGUGAGGACCUCCCUUCUUUCUAUAAGGGGAACUGAAUAGACUAUCGUAUAAGACUCAGUGAGGCCGAAAUGGAAAAAGCAAUUUUGAUACAUCAAUGGGAGAAAAAAAAGUUAGUGCCGUGGUUCUACAAUGUGUUCAGAAAUGUAAUUCUUUUUUUUGUUAUUCAGGAUUUGCCUCAAAUAUGUAAAUAUAUA